AUGAGAAUAAUGUUCAUAAUCACUAUCAUAGCUGUACUCUAAUUAGAGUCAGUAUCAAGUCUGUCAAUCCAUGAUCGUGAAUGUGAGAGAUAUUUGGAAAAAUUUGGAGGACCAGAUUUUCAAGAUGGGGCAACCUUUUCAAAGGUUUCUUUAUCUGGAGAUGUUUCCUUUAUUGCAGGAACAGCUAAUGCAAAGAUUGACAUCAGUUAUUUUGAUUUUAAUCUUUUUAAUCAUCCAAUCUAUUUUGGUCUUGUUAAAGAAGAUGGUAAAACAGAGGAUUAGGUUUGUCUUGAACUUAAAUUAUGGUAAUAUACAUCUAGUACAUUCGAUAAUCCGGUUUAAGUCACUGAUUUAACAAUAACACCAUCAAGCAAUUCAGAAAAACGAUAGAGAUAUUAUUCAUUCAUUAUUCCUUAAAAUGAAUUCAAAGCCAGAUUAGUUGAAACAUCUAAUUCUGAUUAAUUCAUUUACGCAGGAUAUUAUUCAAUUGCUUUUUAUGCAGUUGGUACAGAUAUGUUAUAAGAAACAUUCUUUUUUAAAUUUUCUCUUUCUAUUGAUAAAGCAACAGGUGCUGCACUUGAAUCUUCAUUCGAAUCUUUGAGUAAUAACUACAUUUUCUAUCAUAAAUCAGAGGAUUAUAGUGUAGAGUGGUGCACCGAUUUGAGUUGUACAGAAUUUGCAACUCCAGAUCUUCAUUUAAAUGAUGAGUUUAUUCUCAGAUAAAUAUUUGCAGAUGAUUAUGGUUCAAGAUUGUACUUGACCAAUACACAGGUUUGGUACACAGGAAAUGGAUUAUUGAAGAGAGCAUCACCAAUUUUUAUCUAUAAUGCAACUCCAGGAUAAGUAAUUAUUAAAUUUAAGGCUGAAAUUGCAUGGAGAGAAGUCACAAUUAAAGUUAUGUCCACUUUGUCAUUAUUGUAAGCAGGAAGACGAAAAUGGGAUGAAUAAAUUGAAUUUAUUCAACUCUCUGGAGAAGCUAAAUAAAUUGAGUGUAUUAAAGCAGAAGGAUCAGAUGAAUGUGCAACAUGUGAAUAAGAAUUCGAGGCUAAUGGAUUUGCUCAUGAUGGUUGUGAACGUUAAUAAUCUUCAGAAUAGUUAGGAGUUGUUUUCUGGGCCAUAGUGUUAAUUGUAACAAUAAUAUUCCUUAAUUUAUCUGAUAUUAUAUCAUACAUUUUAUGA